CGUCGGGUGAGGCAGCGCGGAGUUUGGGCCCCGCGGCGAUCGGCGUCCCCACAGCAUGAAGGCGGCAAGGGCCAAGACCCCACGGAGGCCGGCGCUGAAGAAGGCGUCGCCGCCCGGCCCGAAGGACCCCGUUGGGGUGUACUGCAGGGUGCGGCCGCUGAGCUGCCCGGACCAGGAGUGUUGCAUCGAGGUGAUCAACGAGAGCACGGUGCAGAUCCACCCUCCCGACGGAUACAGGAUAUUCCGCAACGGGGAGUACCGGGAGACGCAGUAUUCGUUUAAAGAAGUGUUUGGUACCCUUGUGGCUCAAAAGGAGCUUUUUGACGCAGUGGCUAAGCCUCUCGUGGAAGAUCUCAUUCAUGGGAAGAACGGUCUCCUUUUUACAUAUGGAGUGACAGGCAGUGGUAAAACCCACACUAUGACAGGAUCUCCUGGUGAUGGAGGGCUGCUUCCACGGUGUUUGGCCAUGAUCUUCAACAGCAUAGGGCCGUUCCAGGCCAAGAGAUUUGUUUUUAAGCUUGACGACAAGAAUGGUGUGGAUGUUCAGUGUGAAGUAGAUGCUCUGUUAGAGAGACAGAAAAGAGACGCCACGCCUGUUCCCAAGGCUUCUGGCAAGCGACAGGUGGAUCCAGAGUUUGCUGAUAUGAUCAACGUGCAAGAUCACUGCAAAGUGGAAGAAGUUGAUGAAGAUAAUGUCUACAGUGUCUUUGUCUCCUACAUCGAGAUCUACAACAACUACAUUUAUGACCUCCUGGAAGAGACUUCGUUUGACCUGAUAAAACCCAAGUGGAACAAUUGCAACACUCCUGUGCGAAACGGUGACUUUAUACCUCCACAAUCCAAAAUGCUUCGUGAGGACCAGAAUCACAACAUGUAUGUCAUGGGGUGCACAGAAGUAGAGGUGAAAUCCACCGAGGAAGCUUUUGAAGUCUUUUGGAAAGGGCAAAAGAAGAGGCGUAUUGCAAACACUCAGCUGAAUCGAGAAUCCAGUCGGUCUCAUGGAGUUUUCAUGAUCAAGUUGGCUCAGGCACCUCUGGAUGCAGAUGGAGAUAAUGUGCUGCAGGAGAGGGAACAGAUUACUUUAAGCCAGCUGUCCUUAGUUGAUCUAGCUGGAAGUGAAAGGACUAACAGAACAAAAGCUGAAGGGAACAGGUUGCGAGAAGCAGGUAAUAUUAAUCAGUCAUUAAUGACGUUAAGAACAUGUAUUGAAGUUCUACGGGAAAACCAGAAGUAUGGAACAAAUAAGAUGGUGCCCUACAGAGAUUCCAAACUGACUCAUCUCUUCAAGAACUAUUUUGAUGGUGAAGGCAAAGUGCGUAUGAUUGUAUGUGUAAACCCUAAAGCUGAGGACUACGAGGAAAGCCUGCAAGUCAUGCGUUUUGCAGAGAUGACGCAGGAGGUGGAGGUUGCGAGGCCUGUGGACAGACCGCUGUGCGGCCUAACGCCGGGACGGCGCUUCAGGAACCAGGCCUUCAGAGACGAGCUGGCCAGGAAACUGGAGAUCCGAGGUGGCCCAAUUAAUGAAGAAACAGAAGAGCAAUCUGCUUCAGAAAUACUUUUGCGGAACUUUCCUCCCUUGCCUUCAUGCGAGCUAUUGGAUAUUAAUGAUGAUCAAACACUUCCAAAGCUUAUUGAAGUCCUGGAAGAACGCCAUAAACUACGACAAAAGUUGUCAGAGGAGUUUGCCAGAAAUGUGCUUACAUUCAGAACUGCGUUGCGAGAACUUGAUUCCAACAUUAUGUCCAAAGAAAACUAUGUUCAAGGAAAGUUGUCUGAGAAAGAGAAAAUAAUAACAGGACAGAAAGCAGAGUUAGAACACCUGGAGAAGAAAAUUAAGACUUUGGAAUACAAGGUUGAGAUUUUAGAGAAAACUGCUACAAUUUAUGAAGAAGAUAAGCGUCAUCUUCAGCAAGAAUUAGAGAGCAAGAGCCAGAAGCUGCAACGUCAGGUUUCUGACAAGCGCAGGUUGGAGGCACGGCUGCAAGGCAUGGUUGCUGAAACGACCACGAAAUGGGAGAAGGAGUGUGAGCGUCGUGUAGCUGCAAAGCAGCUGGAAAUGCAGAACAAACUUUGGGUCAAAGAUGAAAAACUGAAGCAGCUGAAGGCCAUUGUUACUGAAGCAAAGAGUGAAAAGCCUGAGAGGCCUUCACGGGAGAGAGACAGAGAGAAGCCUAUUCAGAGAUCAGUCUCUCCACCACCAGUACCUGUUCCUAACAGCCAGCGGCUCGUGAGCAACCAGCAGCUGCACAGACGUUCAAAUUCCUGUAGCAGCAUUUCUGUGGCUUCCUGCGUUAUGGAAUGGGAGCAGAAAACCCCUUCACACAAGCAUACCGGUGGCAAUUCUAAAACAAGGACUAGACAACAAGAACCAGGACAAAGUAGAGACUGUAACACCUCAGACAGAAGGCGAGGGAUGUGCUGGACUGGAAUCACUGAGGUUCCCAAACGUAGAGAUGAGCUAGAGAUAGAAGAGGAUCAAUGCUGCAGGAACGCACCUCCAGUUCGUCUCAGACACAGACGGUCGCGCUCAGCUGGGGAGAGAUGGGUAGAUCAUAAGCCACCUUCUAAUCUGCCCACUGACACAGUCAUGCAGCCUCAUGUCCCUCAUGCCAUCACAGUAGCAGCUGCAAGUGAAAAGGCACUAGCUAAGUGUGACAAGUACAUGCUGACGCACCAGGAGCUAGCCUCUGAUGGGGAGAUUGAAACAAAACUAAUUAAGGGUGAUGUUUUCAAAACCAGAGGUGGUGGACAGGCUGUGCAGUUCACAGAGAUAGAGACUCUGAAGCAAGAAUCUCCAACUGGUCGAAAGCGAAGAUCGUCGCCUUCCAAUGCUGAUCCACCAGAGGAUGCUGCAGACUCUGAAUGGACAGAUGUGGAAACCAGAUGUUCUGUGGCAGUGGAAAUGAGGGCAGGAUCUACCCUUGGACCUGGAUAUCAGCAUCAUGCUCAGCCCAAGCGAAGAAAGCCAUGACCUUAACGUCCUGCUGCGCUGGGAUCCCGUUGAUUUUUAUCACUUACCUGCUGCCAGUGAUAAACUAACUGCUUUGUUAUCACUACCAUCUUGUAUUUUUUUUAAUACUGGCCUAUGCUGGGCAAUGGUUACAUGGAAAAUACUUUUUGCAAACCCGAGGAGGCGAGUGGUGCAAAUACUUUCAGUGGGAGGUUCUGCCAUUGCGCCCUGUGGGCUUCUGAAGAAACCCUUCUGUCUUGUAUUUGUGAAGCCCUCAUUACUAAGCUGUAUCUUCUAUAGAGUAACGACACGAGGCUUCUGCCUUGCAUGUAUUUCAGCUCUCCAUAGGACGUACUUGUGCUCUGGUCACUGUCCCUUUCUUGUCAGGUGCUCUGUUUUGAAGAGAUGUAAAUGCUGCAAUUUACUCAGACGCAGUAAUGCACUUUACGAGUGUUCCUAUGCCAUUUCAUGUAUUGUAGCCAGCAGCAGCUUGGUAUUCUAAAUUUCUUUACCCUUUAUUUAAUAUACGAAUCAGCUUGUGAAAUCAAUUUUAAUCUCAGUCUUCUAGUCUUCGUGGCAACAAAGCGAGAAUACCAAGAUGAUGAGUAAUGAUGACUUGACGUCAUGGCUACUUUGUUUUGUGGUGCAAAUGAGUAAGUAUUUUACAUCUGUAGAUAUGGGGUAAAAGAGUGAUGUGCUCACUGAUACGGUGAUGACCUUUAUAUAUGUGGCUCUGCAUGUUAAAAUAAAUACUUCUGUUCAGUG